GAAAAUUAAUCUCGAUCUAGCAUCAGUCAAUAGCGGCCACGGCGUAUAUGAGCUGCUCUUCUUUCUCGUACUACACAAACUACUGUAGUACGAAGCUGUGCGCCGAGGUGCCAAAUUGAGCCUAGUCAAGUUCGAAUAGCUCCAAGGUUUUGAAACACUGAACGAGCAUUUCUCGCUGUACAUGUUGGUUUUUCUGGCUGAUGAAUCGAUCAUUAUGUUGAAGAUAUUGAUUGCAAUUUUUUGUAUCCUCAUCGGUAUUAUCAAACAUGGUAAUUGCAAGCUCAAUGAAGCCGACAACGUCGAUAGCUACAGUAUUUUUCCGGAAAAGUUUCUCUUUGGCACGGCGAUGUCUUCCUAUCAAGUCGAAGGCGCUUGGAAUGUAGACGGUAAAAGCGAAAGCAAUUGGGAUCACUUCACUCACAAGUAUCCUGAAAAGAUAAUCGACAAGUCGAAUGGCGACGUGUCGUGUGAUUUUUAUCAUAAGUACAAGGAAGACAUUCAAAUGAUCAAAGAGGCCGGUUUCCAUCACUUUCGCUUCUCUCUGAGCUGGCCGCGUCUGCUGCCCACCGGCUACACCGACAACGUCAAUCAAAAAGCCGUCGAUUACUAUCACGACAUCCUCGACGAGCUGGAAAUCAACAACAUCAUUCCCUUCGUCACGAUCUACCACUGGGACCAUCCCCAAGUGCUCGAGGAUCAGGGCGGAUGGCUGAACGAGAGUAUGAUUGACGCCUUCGCGGAUUAUGCCCGCUUUGUUUUUGAAGAGUUUGGCCCUAGGGUGAGGGUAUUCACGACGUUCAACGAGCCCAACGUCUACUGCUUGGCGGCCUACGGUACCGGAGCUUACGCGCCUGGAUUGAAGCAGUUGGGACGCGGCGAGUACCGGUGCAUGCACAAUCAGCUGAAAGCUCACGCGCUGGCCUAUCACGCGUACGAUAAAAAGUAUCGAGAGAAGCAAGGCGGCCAGAUCGGCAUCGUCUACGGCUGCAGCUACUUUUAUAAUAAAAACAAGGACGACAAUCUGUCGGACAAGAUCGCCUGGGAGUUCGAGUGCGGCUGGGGCGUCAAUCCGAUUUUUUCCAGUUCCGGCGAUUAUCCGGAACUGAUGAAGCAGAUCGUCGCCAAGAGAAGCGAGGAGAGCGGCUUGAACGAGUCUAGAUUGCCGUCGUUCACCAGGGAGUGGAUCUCGAAGAUAAGAGGCUCGUCGGAUUACUUUGGACUGAAUCAUUACACGUCGAAACUAGUGGAGCACGAUGACAGCGACGAAUCCGAUCAAAAGCUUCGCCUGUCGUACGAUCCAAAAUGGUUGGAUUCUGAAAGCACGUGGUUAAAAAUCGUGCCUUUUGGCAUCGGCGACGCGUUGAGAAAAAUCAAGACCAAGUACAACAAUCCACCGGUUUAUAUUACCGAAAAUGGCAUCUCCGAUUCGAACAGUACCAGUGACCAAUUGAGAAUUCACUACUUCAAUACGUACUUCAGAGAGAUCAUCACCGCUAUCAAGAGAGAUAGAUGCGAUGUCAGGGCUCAUACAGCAUGGAGCUUCUUGGAUAGCUUCGAAUGGGAGACCGGAUAUACGGCUCAUUUCGGUUUGGUGGAAGUAGAUUUUAAGGACAAAGAUCGCAAGAGAACACCGAAACGAUCGUUGGCGUGGUUGAAGAAGGUCAUUGAGAAUCAUAAGCUUCAGAAUGCGUUUUAAUGUAAAUGUAAAAAAAAAUAUUUAUUAUUUUCAAGUUUUUAGUAAAAUGUAUCAUAAAUAUAAUUAUGACGUAAAA